AUGACGGAGGAGGAGCGGGUGGCGUUUUUGCGACGUCGGGCGGAAAAGUUGGCGGCGCACGCGGAGGAACACAAGAAGAAAAAGGAGGCGCGGGCGCGGCAGUUGGCGUCGGCGUACGAUUUAUUGAUCGAUUGUGAGUUCGCGGACGUCAUGUCGAGGGAAAAGGAGUGGGGGUCGCUGUGUCAUCAGUUGAAGUUUGUGUACGAGCGCAACUGUAAGACGACGAAACCGUUUCGGUUGACGUUCACGGGCGUCUCGAGCGGAGAGGAUUUCGGGAGAGAGCUUCGACGGAUAAUAGGUGGUUUCGAUAAUUGGCACGUUAUUCGACGGGAGGGGACGAUCGCGGACGCGAUGAAGGAGGAGGGAUCGACGCUCGGCGCGUCCAUCGUGUACCUCACCGCCGACAGCGAGAACGAGUUGUCCACCAUCGAGGAGGGUACGACGUACGUCAUAGGUGGGUUCAUCGAUCGAAACCGAAAUAAAGGUUUGACCCUGAACAAGGCGCGCGAGCUCGGCGUCGCCCACGCGCGUUUACCCAUAUCGGAGCACCUCAAGAUGCGCGGCACCGCCAUCUUGACGGUGAACCAAACCUCCGACGUGCUCACCUCCUUCCUCGAGCGCGGUGAUUGGGGCCAAGCCCUCGAGGCGGUGGUACCGAUGCGUAAAGUUUCCCAGGAAGUCGCGCCCCGGACGACGACGACGACGACGACGACGACGACGGCGACGGCGACGACGACGACGACGACGACGACGUCGGGCGAAUGA